AUGUUUUCUUGCUUUGGGCACGAUGGCGAUGAGAAUGAACGCGAGCCACUGCUGCCGCGGUACAAUGACGAUACCGCCCGCCAGGCGCGGCUGCACGAAAAGCUGCAUACCUACCAGAUGCUGCGCGCCAUGUCCAAGGGAUAUAUGCCGUCCACAGAGCAGACAAAAACACAAUUGAGAACCCUUCUUUCCUCGCAAAUCCUCAAUCCAUCAGAUACGGCUGGGCUGUCCAGCUCUGGGCGGGCGCUAGUUCGUACCACCAGAGAAUGGCUGCAACUCUUCAUCGAGCUUUUGGACCAGAAGAAUUCGCAGGACCAAAUUCAAGAUUUUAUAUGGUAUCUCACGAGCGCCAGAGUCAAUAUUGACGCCAAUGGUGCCGGAACAGUUUUUAACAAGGGCAAAGCCCAUGCCAAGGCUUCAGCAGCAGCAGAGGCGCUACGGACCGUCUUUUCUCUUGCGCUCCUGAACAACGACUUUCGCGUGUUGAUGGCAGACAUUGGCACCAUAUCUACCCAGAUACUCCGCGACGGCGCUUUCGCGGUUGGUCAGGUCUCCCAGCAGGCUGGCAAACAGCUCGACUCUAGCGUUGCAGGAGGGUCUGGCGAUUUGGCUGCGCUAAAGGCCACUGACAACAAGGCCAAGGAAAAGUUUACCAAGGAAGAGCUGAAGCAGAAAGCUGUCGAGGUCAAGGAUGACAUCAAGGAUGAUGCGGUGCAAGUCUCGGAGGAAAUGUAUACCAGCUUGCAAGACCACAUGGGUGAGGAGACGCAAAAGAUUCUGAUUAACCGCUUAAAGGCGGCAGUCAGCGGUCUUCGGCAGAAAAAGGAUUACCCCGAGGCUGUCUCGCAGCUCGCAGGGCUUUUGCAGCGUUGCGUCACCAUCUAUCUCUCUGCCGCGGGGGAGGCGGCCGAACAAGUCGAAGAGACCAUUGAGCUCAAUCGGCAAGCAAAGGAUGCUGCCACGAAUUUCUGGGGAUUCAUUUCCUCGUUUGGCGACAAGAGUCUCUGGGAUGACGUUGCUGCCUCGUUUCGCGACUUUGUCGACAAGAACCAGGAGAACAAGGCCAAUGCCGAGCAGCUUGCGCAGGAGCUCAUCACAAUGGUGCAAAAGAUGCUUUCUGAUCCAGAAUUCCUCGACAAUUUUGGAGAAAAGAAGGAGGAACUCAAGGAAAAGACCAAAGAAUUGACCAAGGACUCAUCCCUGAGUGAUGACAUUUCUCAUCUAAUCAACACCACGCAGUCCGCUGUGCAUUCAGCUUUUCACGAUCCAGCCGUUCAGAAGUUGGUCUCGUCGUCGUUUCGUCUUGCUGAAAUUCUCUUCCCGACAGGCCAGAACAGCAAUUCAGAAUUAGUGACGGACUUUGGAAACAUAUUCUUGCCGCUCUUGGUGCAGGCGGUGCAACAUUUGCCGAUUCCACGCCUCGAGGUUGCAACUCCCAAGGUUGACCUUUUACUGGAGAAUCUCAUCUUGCAACCCGGUAAAACAGUCAACGAGAGCUCGUUCCUUCCAUACAAUGUCCAUUCCAUGACACGAAACGACUUGGACGUUACCAAGCUCCGAUUUGGGACGGCGUCUUCCAUGACGAAUCUGCUCACCAUCAAGCUGACGGGCAUCUCUGUGGCGGCGCAAGACUUGGGCUACUGGAUGCGCGUGCACUCUGGCCUCUUGCGCUUCAUGGACGAGGGCCUCGCCGGGUUCCAUCUUGACGAGCGCGGCAUCGACGUGGACGUGGAGCUCGAGAUUGGCCGAGACCGCCUCGAGGAGCUGGUAGUGCUCCGAAAUGCCAAAGUCAAGAUCCACCACCUCGACUACAAGCUGCGCAAGUCCAAGUUUGCCUGCCUCGCGUGGCUGUUCAAGCUGCUGCUGCGACCCAUCAUCCGCAAGGCGCUCGAGUCGACCAUGAAGUCGGCCAUUGCCGACGGCGUCAAGUCGCUCAACAGGGAGCUCGUGUUUGCGCGCGAGCGGCUGCGCGCGACGCGCGUGUGCAGCCCAGACAGCGUGUGGACCUUUUUCAAGGCCGUCGCGGCGAGGUUCAGGCUCGAGGACAACCCCGACGUCUCCGCAAGAGUUGGCGUCAAGCCGGGACAAAACGUCUUUAGGGGACGCUAUGCACCGGGAAGCUUGGUGAAGCUGUGGGAGCAAGAGGCCGAAGACGCGCAACAGAAUAUACACGAAUACAGACGUGAUGGGUGGAGAAACGAUAUCUUUAGCGUACAGACUGUUCCCUUGUAG